CGAUAUUGAAUCCAACUUUGUUAAGUUGGAGGUACUGUAAAGAAUAUGCGGACUUUUGUCGUGUUCCUCUGUGUUUUCGUAGUACUACUGGCAAUUGUUUCUAACAGAGUAUACCAAAGAUUAUUCAACGUUGCAUUACCAGACGAUUUUCCGAUAAAUUCAACAUGGCAGUUCAAGUUAGUUGGAUUUAGUUUCGUGUUAGCAUGGGACCUGGUAAGUUUCUUUUAAUCGCUAAAAUAAAACUCAGAUAUUUCAGUUAGUGCGGUGAUUGCUUCGCCAAAUGCUUUUUAAGGUGACGAAUAUGUUGAGUGUGUUGUCGAUUUCGGUGUUACAAGUUUUCUUAACUUCUCAAAAGUUCGUACAUGGCAAUUGUUCUUAGGAUUUAUUGUUUAACACAAAUCUUAAAUCAACCAGUAAUAGCGCGCCAAAACACACUUGUAGCACCAGACCAUGUCUACUUUCGAGCUCGUCGCCAGACGAAGUAUAGCAGUCGGAACAUCACGAUCAAUAGAUGUACGUACAAUUGACAGCCUGAUUGACCUGACUCGAUCGUGAGACAAACGAAUAAACAUUCAUUUGACUGAUCUACUUUGUUCGGAAAAUAUCUGAUUAGGGCUCUUAUUUACAGUUAGGAUCUCUCCCAUUCCGGAAGUUAUAACUCUAAGCGCAUACAGAAAGUAUACAACCUCUUGACGUAUGUUCUUGCAUAAGGAUCCAUUCUGUCAUGACAAUAAUAACAUUAGACCCCAAGGAAGGUUUUUUUUUUUUUUUUUAAUUUUUUUUUUAAAGCAGAGUUGUACCCUGUAGCUCACGAUCUGUGACCCAUAGCCAACCCCAUGGAUAAUAAGGCUCACUCCACAGCCCACAGUCCUAAGGUGUGAGGCCUAGAUUAUGAUUCACAUGUCCAGAUGAAGAGCAUUAUUACUAACAAUGCAAGAUGUGUGAUGGUUAAUUUCUGUUCCUCUUGAUUAAUCAAUCAAAUCCACCUGUUUGGAAAAUUAUCCAGCUGGGUAGAAUGACUGCUUGGAAGCAAAAUGACCAUUUGGUUAAACAACCCUAAAAACCAUAUUGACUUUGUUAACUUGCAAUUCUCUUUAGGCAACUGUGUACCAUUCAUCAUUAAUUUAAUGAGUAUGUCACCUUCAGGAGAAUAGUGUUGCUCCUCAAUAAUAUUUCUCUUUAAAACAAGUCACAAGUGUUAGAUCCUUGCAAAAUUAGACCAAUUUGGGGAUUGCAAAGAGGGUCUGAAGUCUUCAAAGGAUUGUUAACAUUUUCUGUGACAGUCACUCUCUUAAUGACCUUUGGAGCUGAAAUCAUCAUUUAAAUAGAAUUGCCUUAAAUUAGCCGAUACCUCUCAGAAAUGAUUCAUAUGAUACCUCUCCUCAGAGUGAGUGAUGAAAAAUGUGAAACAUAGCAACGAGAAGGCAUUGUCUUGAUAUAUAUAUAUAACAGUGAAAUUCUUGAAUUAAUAUACAAAUGUAGAGGAGCCUAAACAAAGAAUUUCUAUACACAUCUCGGGAAUUUAGGGUAAAGAUAAUGAAAUUUAAAAAGGGCUCAGAAUAAGUUAUAUUGAAGUUUACAAAUAGUUCUUCAGUCCAACAGCCAAUCAAUAUAAUGUAAAACAAGGAAUUUAGCAAAAACUUAUACAGACUACCCUUGCUCAAAUUACUACACAGGUGACUGAUAGUGAUUUUCUUCCAGGCUUACAUUGGCUCUUUUGUUGGACUGGGUGAAAACUAUUACUCCAACAUGGCAACUGUGUUAGCAUUUGCAAGUGGCUUGUACAAGAACAAUAGUUACUCUGAUGUUUUGGAAAUAAAUGACACUGAAAUUUUUGGUGUUCGUGUAAGGAUAUACAAGCCAGUGAACAAAACUAAGGGGUCUCCUGAAAGCAAAUCCAAUGAAGAAACUCUUUUACCAGGAGUAAUUUACUUUCAUGGUGGAGGAUGGGCCAUAGGAAGCCUGGGUAAGUUACAUCUAUGUCAUUGUGACAGGGAGGAAAAGGCUGCUCUCUGCCAGAGGCUAUAGUAUUCCCUAACAUACAUAUGUUUAUAAUCAAAACUAUUAUAAUAACAACAUUCUUGAACCUGAUUGGUUAUCAACAGCCCAAAAAUAGGACAGUGUACACCUCAUGCUCAUAAUAGAACAGUUUAAUAGGACAGUUGACACCCCUUGUCUAUGUAUGUCGUUUCAUCACUGAUGUCUAAAUUCUUUCUCAAAUUUUUUUCACAGUUAUAAUUAAUUGGUAACGGGAUGUUGUGUUGUCUAAUUUGUAUAUAUGUAAUUGUUGCCCUCUUGAUUGCCAAAGGUGCCUUUUUGAUUAAGAAAAAAAUGUCCUGACUGUCUCAGUCUGUCUCUGUCUCAGUCUCAGUCAUUGAUUAUGACCUGCAUAUGAUAAUGUCUGUAAUCAUACUUGUGAUUAAGAAAUCGGACUCCCACUUUGCAUUCGUUCAAUUUUGUAAACCACUUGUGUGACAACAGAUAGAAAUGAACUCCACUCAUCCCUGUCACCAUUAUGAAUACCCCUCCUGUUAUGAAAAGCUGCUUUUUGUAAUGUCCUAGAAGUUCACAACAUUCACAAUAGACUGAAAAGAAAAAAUACCUCUGGAGACAGGGAUGUAGAUAAUAGCCGGAAGCCAGGAAAAUUACCCAGCUGUGAAUGCAAUUUUUCCGGCUGUGAAGCACUACUUCUUUCUCCAAAAUGUUUGGAAAUGUUGUCAGAAGAUUGUUAUUUAUUUAUUUCAUUUGUUUACACCUUCAAAUCUAGGUAUAACGUGCCAAAGGCAUGCUAGAGUGGGCCUUCGGCUCAAAUACCCACCUAUCGUUGCAAGAUUCCCGCCUGUUAAAAACUUUAGCUACAUCCUUGUGGAGAACUAAUCAGACAGGCAGAACGUGAUAAGCUUCUAAUCAUAAUCCUAUGAUUAAUGCUUAAGUUCUUCUUCUCCUCAGAGGGAUAUGACGAUUUCUGCCGUAGACUGGCAGUGUCAGCUCAAGUCAUUGUUGUGAGUGCGGAGUAAGAAACGUUAUUAUAAUUCUCUGGCUGAUAAAACUCUGCUGGCUAAUUUACUAAAAAAUAUACUUUGCUUCUUUUGUUUUCCAACAAUUUACAAUGGUCAAGUGUGUACCAGCUAAUAUGUAAUAAAGUAAAAAGUAAGAGGACUGUAACACUACUGUUCAUUUUUGCAGUCACUUCACAAUUAGUUUUGCACCUUCCUUAAGCUGCUACUGGUCAUGUCUAAAUUCUCUCUUCUUGCUUCUUUGUAUAGUCUUGAAAAUUGAUUAAGAGAAGUUAAUGAUUUAUCAAGAUGAAAGUCCCUAGCUGAUAAGUUUGUCUGUUUUCAUUAUCUGAGUGCUGGAUAAUGUAUUGAAAUUGUAGGGAGAAGUUACUUUUUAAUCACGUGUGGAAGUUAGGGGCUACUGCACCUUUCAAUAAUGUGCUCUCUUUGAGGCUCACAGCCAAACUUGUGAUUUUGUUUCAUCCUGCUGCCACUCUUUACUGUAACAGACAUCUAAAAGCAAAAACAAUCAAAUUGAUCCUCCGAUUUCAAGAACAGGGAUCUUCUUAAUGCUUUAAAACAAUUUAAAACUGUUUCCUGACAGGUCUGCAAAAAAGACAGCAUUGCAAAUUUGGUAUUUAUUGUAAAUCACCAACCUCAUUGCUUGCCUAUUAUUGGAAAGCAAAGUAACAUUAAAGGUCACUAACCUUAGCAUACUUACUUCCUUUUAGUUACAGGCAAGCUCCUAAGUAUACUUAUCCAAUCCAGUUUAAUGACUGCUACAAUGUAGCUGUUGGCCUCCUCAACACUGGAAAAGACCAUGGAGUUGAUGUCACACGAGUCAUGUUGGUUGGUGACAGUUCUGGAGGAAACUUGGCUGCAGCAGUUUCUCAUUACCUGGCUGAAGUCUCCGAAAUGCAUUGUAGGCAGAAUUAUUUGAAAGCACAGGUAUGUAUAAAUUCAGCACAGGUAUAUUAGUGAGAAUAUAAUCUUAGGAAACUCAUAUAUUUGAAGCACAAGUAAAGAAGUUGAGAAAAUAAAAUCUGAUCAUUGAAGAAAGAAUGAGAUUCAAACCUAUCACUAUUCUCAGGGCUGCAAUGACAGUACAGUGCCUAAAGCAAGCAACCUCUACAUGAGUGAAAUGGAAGUAAAUCUGCAGUUAAACCUUCGUGAAUAAUCACAUACCUCAAGCUGUAAAAUACAAUUUGCAGGAAACUGGAAUUAAUCAUUGCCCUAUUAAUUCUUUAACUCCCAAGAUCUGAUUGUUAACUCUCCCUUUAGCUGUUACACAUUUCCUUGUAAAUUAGUUUGGAGAAUUUGGUGUUACAUGUAUAUCAAGAUAACAAGAACUCUUACCUGGUAAAUUUGAAUAUUCUGAUUACCUGUUUGCUGGAUAAUACAUGGAUAUUUUAGCGAGAAGUUAUUUAUUAAUCACUUCUGGAAGUAAAGGGUUAAUGGUUCUGUUGAAUACUUGACUGAGUGGCUAAAACUUUAUACAGCAGUUUGAGACAUUUGAGGUGUUCAAUAAUAGAAGGCAGCAUUAUGGAUGCAAGAAAGACAAAGUGGUGCUGAAGACUGCUUGCCUGCCACCACUGGGUACUGGGUCAGAUUUCAGGACUUAGCAUCAAAUGUAUAGAUCAAGUUUGUCAUUAGAUCUCUUGUUCUUCUUCUUGUAGAUUCUCAUCUAUCCUGCUUUACAGUUCCUUGACUUCAACUUGCCAUCAUACACUACCAAUGCAGUCAAUGACAUACUCUCUCAAGAAGAGCAUGUAAAAUUUGUUUCGCUAUACCUUAAUGGCUCCACAGACCUCAUGGAGAUUCUUCUGUCUGGGAAUCACUCUCAACAUCUCCUUGGAACAAAGUAUAUGGGGUUUCUAAGAAAGUCAACACCAGGCAUUUCAUGGCUUCCACAACUGAAAACAACACUACCACCUGUUGUACUGGAAGCUUUGACCCAAUCUAAAGCAUCUCCUUUAAUAGCAGAAGACUUUAGAGGAGUACCUCCUACUUUUGUUAUUACAGCAAACUUUGACGUUUUAAGAGACGAAGGCAUCCUUUAUGUAGAACGAUUGCAAGAUGCAAACAUUGAAGUCCAACACAAGAACUAUCAAUCUUUUCAUGGGUUUGUGACAUUAGCUGCUGAUGGAGGACCAGCCAGGACAAAUGAGGGGGAUGAGGCAUUUGCUGAUAUAGUACAGUAUGUUAAAGACAUGGUAUCCAGCUAGUUUUAGUAACCAUAUCAGUCUCUAACAUCGCCAUUAAAGACAAGGAAAGCCUAAACUUGGCGCUCAAGCCUGGUUUUAGUUGUAGGUUUAGUUUAUAAUCAAAUACCCUGUAGAUAUAUUGUAUGUCACACUUUCUUAGCCAUUGGAUUUUUUAAAAACAUGGGCUUUGUCAUUUUAACCAAUGCUAGAAAAUAAUUUUUAAGAUAUUUUUUUAAACACAAAUGUAUGUACUCUGAAAAGUUUCUCCGGAGGUAAAUAGUUUUACAAGAUUCUGUUCUGAAUGACUUUAACACUGCUGAAUAUAUUUUUCCCUUAUUUGUACAAAGUUACUAAUGCUAUAAGAUUGAUGUAUACUUGUAGGAGAUAGUGAACUAUCUGUGCAUAUUUAUUGUGAACAUAUUUGUCAAAACUGGUGAUAUUUAAUUCUUAAAAUAUGAUUACCUAGCCA